AUGACCGAUCAGCCCCUACGGCAGAUACUCACCAAGCUUGAGGUAUCGGGCAGGAUGACCAAAUGGGCCGUUGAGCUGGCCGAGCACGACAUCGGCUAUCAGUCUCGCACCGCUAUCAAGGCUCAGGCCUUGACGGACUUCCUCGCUGAAGGGGCUAGUUUGGCCGUCACCGAACAGAGCUCUCAGCUCGGUGAGUCGCAGUCAGGAGAGGCUUGGGUCCUGUUCGUAGAUGGGGCCUCGAGUAAGGAAGGGAGCGGAGCUGGCCUGCUGCUCAUCUCGCCUACCGGGGAGGAGCUCACCUAUGCCCUCCGAUUUGACUUCCCCGCAUCCAACAACGAAGCCGAGUACGAGGCCCUGCUUACGGGAUUGCGGAUAGCCCACCAGAUGGGUAUAACCGCGAUCAAAGUCCGGAGCGACUCUCAGCUCGUCGUCCUCCAAGUUAGCGGGGAAUACGAAACCAAGGAGGAUGUCAUGAAGAAGUACCUAGCCAAGGUGCAGGAGGCGAUCGCCCUGUUCGACACUUUUGAAAUCGAACGGGUGCCGAGGUCACAAAACAAGCGUGCGGACACACUGUCGAAACUGGCGUCGUCCUCGUUUGCGCACCUGAACAAGGAGGUCUUGGUAGAGGUGGUCAAGCAAAAGAGCAUUGAUCAGGUCCAGGUCUUGGCCGUAGACAACUCGGCCACCUGGAUGACCCCCCUGGUGAGCUUCCUCAGCUCGGGUAUCCUGCCCGGGGACAAAGCGGAAGCUCGCAAACUCCAGCUCAGAGCUGCUAAGUACGCCUACGUUGGGGGUACUCUUCACAGGAGGUUGUACCUGUCCCCCUGGCUAAAGUGCGUAACUCCAGAGGAGGGCGACUAUGUCCUCCGGGAAGUUCACGAGGGCCUAUGCACAGCACAUGUGGGGUCCCGGGUAUUGGCCAAAAAAUGCCUUCUCCUGGGCUACUACUGGCCCACGGUGUUCCAAGAUGCCGCGGCCCUGGUUCAGAGAUGCCGAACUUACCAGGUGCACGCCCCAUUGCGCCAUCAGCCAGCUCGGGAAAUGGUGCCCAUCCACAGCCCCUGGCCCUUCGCUCAGUGGGGGAUAGACCUCCUGGGCUCUUUUCCCCGAGCCCCGGGAAGGUAUAGCACCUCGUGGUAG